AGCUGUGCACUGCAUCAUUUGCUACGGAGUACAGAUACGUAGCGUACAUCGUGAUCAGCAACUUCAGGAGCUCAACUUUACCAAAAAUCUACGAUGCGCUGCCAAAUUCUAUCCUGCGCCCUGGCACUGGCCGGGCUAUCGGCAGCAUUUUCCGAUUCAUCAUCCUUUGUUUUGCUUUCAUCUCAACCGAUCCCGAGAUCACAAGUCAGCGAUUCAAUCCAAGUCAAUAAUUCCGUCCUCGACAACGCGCAGCAAUUUUUGGGGCAAUGUCCGACUACCAGCUACCUCCUUAUCAACCAGCCAGGAUUGACAGCUGACGUGACCCAGGCAUGUGGCAAUCUCGACAAGGAAGCCACCAUUACUGUUGUCGACUUCGCGACCAGAUCUGAUGAUACUUGGCCAGCCAUAGACGAUCGCCUAGUGAGAGCCAUUGAGCAUGCCGCCACAGGGAGCGACUACACUAUAGUGCUGCUUUCGAGCCCUGUCGAACCUGUGUACGAAGCAUCAUUUGACACGCCUGCGCAGAUGGAGUUGAAGAGAGGUGCGCAGCUCUUGCAGCGACGCAAAGACAAUGGAACAAAUUGGGACGAGCUGCCCCUCUUCGAGAAAUACCAGUUCUUCACGCCAGGCAUUUUCAUGGGUGCCAUCGUUGCAAUUAUCUUGCUUGCGAUCCUUGGUGUUGGAUUGCGCGCUUUGUCGAGUUUGGAAGUUCCAUACGGUGCAUUUGAAAAGGACAUGGGCCCGGCAGCGCAGAAGAAGCAGCAAUAGCGCCUUGGAUAAGUUGAAGGAGAAGACUAUGCAAGCUACGUAUGCAUGUUGAAAGGUCG